AUGGCGCCAGACGCAGAGUCGCGCAAAGGCGCAGACCAAACAAUCAAGGUCGCUUCCAAAAAGGACUCCAAGAAUGCAACAAUAAAGCUUAAAAAGUCGGUUCCAAAGCAUAGCAAGCCGGGCAACUGGAUGGAUGGCAGCGUCAUCGAUGAAGAGAAAAAAAAGACAAACAACUCGUCACCCUCGGUGCCAGUAUCUCCUGGGCCCGUCGUCAACCAACUAGACGACUUAUCCCGCGAGACUUUUGCGACUGGACGACCCCUGGAGGACAACCCGGAGCUUCAACAGUGCAAGCAUUGCAAGAAGAGCAUAUUGAAAACGGCUGCCAAGGCCCAUAUAGCACAGUGCCUCAAGGUCAAGAAAGAAAAGGCCCAGCGGAAGAAGGAGGCUCGAGAAGCUCGAGAGCGAGCAAAGGAGGCGGCCCGGGAAGAAGAGGCCAAGAAGAAUGAUGACGACAACGCAGAUGGCAAAGACGAAGACAGUGACGCCGAAGAGGAAAAGAAAGCCGGCAAAAAGGCCGCCAGCAAGAAGCCAGAGGUCAGCAAGAAGCGCAAAGCCGAUGCUGAUGCAGACAAGGGGCCGAAGGCAAAGAAGAAGAAGGAUGAGCCAAAGGCUAAGCUCCCGAAGCCAAAAGGACCUGUCGAUGUUGAGCGCCAAUGUGGUGUCAUUCUACCCAAUGGCCAACCAUGCGCUCGUUCUUUAACGUGUAAAAGUCAUUCCAUGGGAGCAAAGCGUGCUGUAUCAGGAAGAUCUUUGCCCUACGACAUGCUUCUAGCCGCGUACCAGAAAAAGAAUCAAGCCAAGCAGCAGAAAGCUGCGUUGGAUGCAAACGCACCUCUUGAGGACGACGACGACGCUAAUAACGGCCCUGUAGACUCUGAUGAAGAGACAGGCGCCGUCAUGAGUGCCUUGGCCCACUGGAACCCUCAGCCCCUAAUCCCACAACCCGUCUUCACCCCCAUCAAGCGCCAGUACCAGCUUGCAAGGCUUCAUGAGCAGUUGCAAAUGGCCACCAAUGGAGGCCGCACAAACAUCUUCAAGGUCACCGGCUUUGGCGCUCAGAGACUGCCCCCGGGCCACCCUGGGCUGUUGGAUAACGAAGACGCUCCGGGCGAGCCCGACGUAGAAUCCAUGUCCAUCCCGGGGUCAGCGAGGCAGGCCAGCUUCGGCAUGCCUGCGCCGCCACAAAGGCAGGCCUCGGUGGCAAGCCGGGCAUAG